UCAAUUAUAAAUAAAAAUGGCGGCGCCCUUGAGGAGGCUAAGUGGGAAACGUACUAAAUUACCAGAUAGCAUAAACUUAAGAAACACCAGUUAUUUUCGACGAUUAUGUGAUGCAGCAUUGAGAAAUUUCAGUGAUAACGUGUCAAGAGUACCAGAAGUAGAUAUACAUUUUUCUAAUGGGCGUGUCCUGAGGUUGUCGACGGGCAAGUACGCCAGGUUCGCGGACGGCUGCGCUGUCGCGGAGCUGGGAGACACCUCCGUCAUGGUCACGGCGGUCAGCAAGGCCAAGCCAUCGCCCGCCCAGUUCCUGCCGCUCGUGGUGGACUACCGGCAGAAGGCGGCCGCGGCGGGGCGCAUCCCCACCAACUUCCUGCGGCGCGAGCUGGGCCCCACGGAGCGGGAGGUCCUGGCCGGCCGGCUGGUGGACCGCUCGCUGCGCCCGCUCUUCCCCGAGGGCUACUGCCACGAGACGCAGGUGGUGUGCAACUUGCUGGCCGUCGACGGGGUCCACGACCCGGAGGUGGCGAGCGUCAACGCGGCCUCCGCCGCGCUGUCCCUGUCGGACAUCCCCUGGAAUGGGCCGGUGGGCGCGGUGCGGGUGGGGCUGGUGGCCGGCGAGGUGGUGGUGAACCCCACGAGGAGGGAGCAGGCGGAGAGCACCCUGAACCUGCUGGUGACCGCGGCGAGGCACAGCCUGGUGGUGAUGCUGGAGGGCAGUGCGGAGAACGUGCUGCAGCAGGACCUGCUCAAGUCCAUCAAGGCGGGUGUGAAGGAGUGCCAGGCCGUCGUGCAGGCCAUACAGCAGCUGCAGAGGCACUACGGCAAGGCCAAGCGCGCGGUGGACCCCGCCCCGGGCCCGAGCGAGGACCUGGUCCGAGCCGUGAGGAGCCUCUGCGAGAUGCGGCUGAGGGAGGUGUUCCGCGACCGCUCGCACGACAAGCUGUCCCGGGACGCCGCCGUGCAGGCCAUCCGCACGGACGUGCUGGACAAACUCAGCAAGGGCUUCGAGGAACCUGUUGAUGCCAACGUGGUUUCCACAGUGUUCGGUCAGAUUUGCAAAGAGACGUUUCGCUCCAUGAUCUUUGAAGAAAAUAUUAGGUGCGACGGGCGGACGGCCAGCGAGCUGCGCAGCGUCUCGUGCCAGGUGGACCUGUACCGCCCCCUGCACGGCUCGGCACUGUUCCAGCGCGGCCAGACGCAGGUGCUGUGCACGGUGGCGCUCGACUCCCCCGACUCGGCCCUGAAGCUGGACCCCGUCACCGUCCUCACCAGUGGCCUGAAAGAGAAGAACUUCUUCCUGCACUACGAGUUCCCCCCGUACGCGACGAAGGAGAUUGGCCGGUCGGGCCCCACGGGCCGGCGGGAGCUGGGGCACGGGGCGCUGGCCGAGAAGGCCUUGCGACCAAUCGUGCCCAAGGACUUCCCGUUCACCAUCCGGCUCACGUCCGAGGUGCUGGAGUCCAACGGCUCGUCGUCCAUGGCGACCGUGUGCGGGGGCAGCCUGGCGCUGAUGGACGCGGGGGUCCCCGUCUCGCAGGCCGCCGCGGGCGUGGCCGUGGGGCUGGUCAGUCGCUACGAGGGCAGCGACACCAAGCACCUGGGGGACUACCGCCUGCUCACCGACAUCCUGGGCAUAGAGGACUACAUGGGGGACAUGGACUUCAAGCUGGCCGGCACCAAGAAGGGCAUCACGGCCCUGCAGGCGGACGUCAAGGUCCCGGGGCUGCCCCUCAAGGUCGUGAUGGAGGCCGUGCUGCAGGCCACCGAGGCCAAGUCUGCCCUCAUCGACAUCAUGAACGACACGCUCAGCAAGCCCAGGAAGCAGAAGGACAACUGGCCGGUGAUCGAGAAGCUGGAGGUGCCCCCCAACAAGCGCGGCCGCUUCGUGGGUCCGGGCGGCAGCAACCUGAGGCGGCUCAUGGUCGAGACCGGAGUGCAGGUGUCGCAGGCGGAGGAGACCACGUUCACGGUGUUCGCGCCGUGCCGGAGCGCGAUGGAGGAGGCCAAGGAGCUGAUGGAGCAGUGGCUGGCCUCGGAGCGGGAGCCCGAGCUGGAGUUCGGAGCCGUGUACACGGCGAAGGUGGUGGAGGUGCGAGACAUCGGGGUCAUGGUGACCCUCUACCCCUCCAUGCCCCCCACGCUGCUGCACAACUCCCAGCUGGACCAGCGCAAGGUGAGCCACCCCAGCGCGCUCGGACUGCAGGCGGGCAGCGAGAUGCAGGUGAAGUACUUCGGCCGGGACCCCGUGUCGGGCAUGAUGCGGCUGUCCAGGAAGGUCCUGCAGAGCCCCGCCUCCGCGGCGGUGCGAGACCUCACCGGCGCCAGCUAGUCUCGUCCGAGCCGCUGCUCUCCCGCCUCCGCAGCCCGUCUCGUCAGCUGUCGGGUCAACUACCUCGGCUUUUGUUUGUCGCGACUCUGACUGGGAAGCCUAGGUAACAUGCUCAUCGACUGUGAAACCAAAUUUAGGCCCCGCUUCAUCUGCAGUGUUGGAUUUUUUUGUUUGUUUGCUGAUUCCAAAUUUCAGUGAAUAAAUAUUCUGAAAGAGGAACUGUAGGAGUAAUGUUGUAUGCAUUCCAGCUACAGAAACACAGAAAAUGAAGUUAAACGAGUGACCGAAAUGUAAUUAGUUCUGCGAAAAUGUCAUAAUUAUGAGUUUGUGCUUGAUGCCAGAUAAUGUGUAUCGCAUAUCUGGUACAAAUGAACUAAAAAUUAGGUAAUUUUUUUAUUGCCUUCAUAAUGAAAUAUUGGUAAAAAUCACAAUAAAUAAAAAAAAUUAUAUGAAAAUGCAAUAAUCCAACAUUAAAUUGAAGCUCAGCCUUAAAACAAACCAGAAAGAAAGCCUUUUUGGAACUUUGAAAUAACGAGAUGUAUAUCAACCAGACUUGGCAGAAAUUAUUUGAACAAGUUUUCUCAUUGCCACCUUCAUUAAAUUCUGUUCAAACAUUCCCAGCCUUCCAACUUAAUGUUUAUUAUGAAUUUUAACAACAAAAAAUGUCCUGACUGGUGACAAAUCUUAAUAUGCAAUUCUGCUUCAGUUGAAAGUUGCAAAAUUAAAUGGAAAUACUUUUUUAAUGUUUGUUUUCUAAAUGAGGUUAAUUUUUUGAAGGUUUCACUGCAAUUAUUAUUUAUGUUUUACAUUUUUUACAUGCAGGUGUUUGUAACCUGAAGUGUAAAGCACAACCGUAAUUGACAAAACAUGUUUUAUGUUAACUGUGUGUUAGGAACAGUGAUAGUGUGUCAUGGUUUUGUAACGUGUAGAAUACCUACUAUUUUCAUACCUUCUGAAUUUUAAUUUUUGCAGUGAAAUAUGUGUUGAUAGUUUAGCUACACAAAAUUUUGGUUUUCUUAUUUCUUAAAUAGUUCCCUUCUCUUCAGUUCAGAUGCAGUGUCUCCAUGCAGUUCUGUGGCAGCGUAAUAAAUAGCCCAAGAAAUUUGGUUUCAAGCAAGUGACCGUGAAUUAUGUUUCAAGUGAAAGUAGAUUAUAAGGCAGAAAGAACAUUGUUAUAUUCAAGAACGUUAUUGAAAAUACAUACAUAAACCUUUAUCGAACAUCAUGAUGCAAUUGUGUGUUUGCAUGUUUUGUCCAAACAUUCUUGCAGUUUGUGUGAAAGUAAAGUGAUUUUUAAUGAACCAUGUUUAAAAAAAUAAAUAUGAACAGUGAUCCAAUAAAGUUGUGUGUAUAUUUUUAAAAGAA